CCAUCCGCUCCUCUGAUUCUUACCGACUUUUCUGUCUCGAUACUACUACUAAACGCAGGCAUCUUCAGCUUCUGCAUCGACUACCUCUAUCCCCCCACUCUUACCCAAGCUGGGCUCACGAGACUCCCCCACUCUCCCACAUCUACGCUCCCUUUCCACACUCUCGCUCUCUCGACAUGACCAUUUACACCUCGGAUGUCGCUCUCCCUGAGCUGCCACGCAUUGACGUGUUCCGCUAUCUCUUUCCGCAGGAGGCAGGCGAUAGCCCCAUCCCGCGGGAGGCGCGCAACCCCAACCACGUCUCGUACAUCUGUGGCAUGACCGGACGACAGCUGAAGCGCGGUGAGCUCGAGGAGAGCGCCAAACGUCUGGCCUGUGGUUUCAAGAAGCGUGACAUUGUGCGCGGCGACACGGCGCUACUUCUCGGCCCCAACAGUCUUGACUGGAUCAUCGCCGCCUGGGGUAUGCAGGCGGCUGGCGUGACUGUGUCGCCAGCCAACGUCGCGUAUGGGCCGCAGGAGCUCGCACACCAGUUCAACGAUUCGGGCAGCAAGGCCAUCCUGAUCGCUCCCAUGCUUCUUCCUGUUCUCGAGAAGGCACGCCCGCUCUUCAAGAACGGCCUCAAGGACGAGCACAUCAUUCUUCUUAGCGGCACGGGCAACUUCCGCUCCAUCUAUGAGAUCAUGGACUGCCCCCGCCGCCCAGAACAGUUUGACGGUGCCGAGGCCGACGCCACAGCCUGGCUGUGCUACUCUUCCGGCACCACCGGCCUGCCCAAGGGUGUCAUGAGCUCGCACUACAACAUGACCAGCCAGAUCCAGUGUGUCACGCCUUGCUACCCGGACCUCCGCCCGGGCAGAGACGCCAUCCUGGGUGUGUUGCCGUUCAGCCACAUCUUUGGCCUCAUGGCCCUCAUCCACCAGCCCCUCACGACGGGCACACCCGUCGUUGUCUUCCCCCGCUUUGACGAGAUUGCCGUUCUUGAGGGCAUCCAGAAGUACAAGAUCACAUACGGCAUUGCCGUCCCACCGAUCCUCCUCGUACUUGUGCACUCGCAGAACACGGCCAAGUACGACCUUACGUCGCUCAAGACAGUGCAGUCUGGCGCCGCGCCGCUGUCCGCCGAGCUCGCCAUGGCGUUCGAGACCAAGUUCCCCCACUGCAGGAUCGCGCAGGGAUGGGGCCUCACUGAGACGUCGCCUACCAUCACAUACUGCAAGUCCGAGGACGCGGCGCUGCCGGACAAGAACGGCAACAACCGCAAGGGUUCCGUCGGGCGUCUCAUCCCCUCGUACGAGCUGCGUCUGGUGGGCGACGACGGCAAGGACGUGCCUGAGGGUGAGCGUGGCGAGCUGUGGGUCGCAGGCCCUUCCGUUAUGAAGGGCUACCACAAUAACCCGGAGGCGACCGCCAAGACGAUGGAGGGCAAGUGGUUCAAGACGGGCGACGUUGGCGUGCGCGACGACGAGGGGUGGUACUGGAUCGUCGACCGUGUCAAGGAGCUCAUCAAGUACAAGGGCUUCCAGGUGCCGCCGGCCGAGCUAGAGGCACUGCUCCUCACGCACCCCCAGCUCAUGGACGCGGGUGUGGUGGGCGUGUACGACGAGUCGCAGGCGACCGAGCUGCCGCGUGCGUACGUCGUCGCCAAGCCUGGGGUCAUCAAGAAUGAGAAGGAUAAGGUGCGCCUGCAGAAGGAGGUCGCCGAGUGGGUGCGCGAGCGUGUCGCGCAGCACAAGCGUCUCCGUGGGGGCGUCGUGAUUCUCGACGCCAUCCCCAAGUCGCCCUCCGGCAAGAUCCUCCGCAAGGACCUCCGUGUGCAGGCGCAGAAGGAGCUCGAGGCGGAGAAGAGCAAG